UGUUGCUGUCUGGGAGAUGCAAGUGGCUUCUUGGGCAUGUGCCAUCAUCUUCAUUCCAGAAUGUCAGUGUUCCUCUAUUUGUUUGUCUUGGUAUUUGGGCUUCAGGCUACAAUCCAUUGUGCACCACAUAACAGCUCUGAAGGCAAAGUAAGGACCUGUCAUUUGCCCCAACAAAAUGCCACUCUCUAUAAGAUGCCAUCUAUCAAUGCUGACUUUGCCUUCAGUCUCUAUCGAAGGCUCGCUGUGGAAAACCCAGAUUUGAACAUCUUCUUCUCUCCUGUGAGCAUAUCUGCUGCUUUAGCCAUGCUUUCUUUUGGAUCUGGCUCUAGCACCCAAAUGCAGAUUCUGGAGGUGUUGGGGUUUAACCUCACAGAUACUCCCGUGACAGAAUUACAACAGGGCUUCCAGCAUUUGAUCUGUUCAUUGAAUUUCCCAAAGAAUGAACUGGAAUUGCAGAUGGGAAAUGCAGUUUUCAUUGAGCAGCAGCUGAAACCGCUGACAAAGUUUUUGGAUGAUGUCAAGACCCUCUAUGAAACUGAAGUCUUUUCUACUGACUUCUCCAAUGUUUCUGCAGCCCAGCACGAGAUCAACAGUUAUGUGGAGAAGCAAACCAAAGGGAAAAUUGUAGGCUUAAUUCAAGACCUCAAACUGAAUAUUAUCAUGAUUCUGGUGAACUACAUUCAUUUUAAAGCCCAGUGGGCAAAUCCUUUCCAUGUAUCUAAAACAGAAGAGAGUUCCAACUUCUCAGUGGACAAGAGCACCACAGUACAAGUGCCCAUGAUGCACCAGCUAGAACAAUACUAUCACUAUGUGGAUCUGGAGCUGAAUUGUACAGUACUUCAAAUGGACUACAGUGAGAAUGCCCUGGCACUUUUUGUCCUUCCAAAGGAGGGACACAUGGCAUGGGUAGAAGCAGUCAUGUCAUCUAAAACACUGAAGAAGUGGAACCAUUUACUGCAGAAAGGAUGGGUUGAAUUGUUUGUUCCAAAGUUUUCCAUUUCUGCCACAUAUGACCUUGGAAGCACACUUCAGAAGAUGGGUAUGAGGGAUGCCUUUGCUGAAAGUGCUGACUUUCCUGGAAUCACAGAAGACAAUGGUCUAAAGCUUUCCUAUGCUUUUCACAAGGCUAUACUACACAUUGGUGAAGAGGGAACUAAAGAAGGAGCUUCUUCUGAAGCUGAGUCUCUGGAUCAGCAGGCAGUACCUUCUCUUUACCCUGUUAUCCGAUUGGAUAAAACAUUCUUACUGAUGAUUUUGGAGAAAAGGACCAGAAGUGUUCUCUUUUUAGGAAAAGUUGUUAACCCAACAAAACAGUAAUUGAGGAAGAGGCCAUUGAGCAUGUACAUAUUAUAAUAGGAACUAAAUAUAUAGAAUAUAGCUUAAUGUACUUGCUAUGGGCUUGAACUUUAUUUCUUUUGUGCAAGGGAUAAAAGUGGACCUUGUCAGAAGUACAUUGGCUGUGAAAGAGGCUAAUCCUGUGACCAAAUAUGCAGAUAGUCAAUGAGUGGUGGUUAUCCAAAACUAAAAAAACGAUCGAUGUUAGUAAAUCAUUGUAAAGCUGCUCAUCAGUUAGCUAAGUCUAGAAAUUUUCACUGGGAUUACAAAUGCCUUUGGAUGUAUCUUUUGGACAAUGGUUGCAAUAUAGGUCAAGUCAUUGUAUUAUAGUAUUCCAAUAGUAUGAUCAAUGAAUAUGCAAAUGAAGUAGCUUGUAUAUAUCACCUUCAUAAUAACCUCUGCUCUUUCCACCUGUUCUAAGUAAGUCUGUGAUUUUGGUUAAUGCUAGAUUUUUUUAAAAUAAAACCUCUCUUACUA